UAUCAUGUUAUCCAUUGCCGCUGUACUUAAAAUUGCGGUACAAAUGAGCGCGUAGAGGAACACAUGACAGAUUCAACACGUGUCCUGUAGACGCUGAUUACCUUAACUUUGACUACUGCAAUGAAAGACUUUGAUCGUUUCUCUCCAUUCUCCACACCAUUGUUAGAGCCUGAGCUGCAAGGUAUCAAUAACGAUCCGAUUCCCUUCUAUCUACCAUUCUCUAGCACAGCACAUCCUUCCCUUUUGGCCCUGUUCUACGAUCCGCCCCAUUUCUCAGUCAGUACGCAAUGAAGAGCCCUCAGCAGUUGGGACUUUUUAUGUUGGCCAUGGUCACGCAAGCUUUCGCUUACGAUUCACCCGAGGAAGCUAUCGGUCUUACGGCAGUCCUUAUCAUCUCGAGUUCGAUUGCGGCAUAUUCCCUUUGUCAGUUGAUUGGAUCAGAAACCCAUGAUAUAUGGCGAUGCGCUCCUGCCGCACUCGAGGCUGGAGCUAUCACUGCCGUAGCGAUCCCGCAUUGCAAUUGGGGAGAUGAUGUGUGGGCAUACACCAGAAGAGUCAUCGGAUAGGAUGACCGUUCGAUAUUUGAAUCUUUUACAUACAAAUGCAUAGGUCUGACCAACAAAUUCUAGU